AUGCAGAAUUAUGGAUCACGAAAUCAGCUGAAACCCAUAUCAAAUUAAUAUUCACAAAAUUAAUCUCCAUUAAGCAAAAACCCUAAAUCAAUGAACGCAAUUAAAUCUCAAAUGUUCACUGUAGAGAGCUAUGUUGAUAGAUAUAAACAUGCGUUUAAGGAGGGAAAUGAGGUCAAAAAUAGAGAUUGGUAAGGACUGGUUAAAGCAAAUGAAUAUCUAAGGGAGUGUUUGAGAGAUUUAAACUUUUAAAUAAGCAAAAAAGUAGAGAAGUAAAGAGAUCAAAUUUAUUAGAAAUUUACUAGUCAAUCAGCAAGUGGUUCAUUAGCUAAAAAGUCAGAAGAGCAAAUUAUUGAAUAGUAAAUAGCUGUUCUGAACUAAGAGUAUAAAAAUAAUAGCUUUAUUUUAAUUCAGCAGGAAAAGGAAUUGAAAAAUAUAGAUAGCAAGUUAAUGAAUGUAAGUUAGAAUCAGCAGUUUUCCUUAAUGUAAAAAAUAGAGCAAUUGCAAGAUAGUAUAAAGAAAGAAAGGUUAGAAAUUAAGUAAAAUAGGCAAUUUAACUUUUUAGAAGGAAAGUAUCUAGAUAAUGUUGUAAAUAAUAACUAAUUGCCUAAGGUUGUUGAAAUGUAAUAAAGUAAGUAAUUAGAUUCUUUGAAACUGCAGAAUACUAACUAAAAAUUAAGAGAGUAAAUCAAUAAGAAAGAAGAAAUAAUUAAUGAGUAUGCUAAAAAGAUAUAAUCAAUUGAUAAGGAUUUCAGAGAAGCAUUAUAAAAUGAAAAGCAAUUCAAAAUUGUGGACUAAGAAUUAUUGGCUAAGAUUAAAAUCUAAAGAAAAAAGGUAUAGUAAUUGGAGGAUAAUAUUGAAUUGAUAAAACACAAUAUGGAUAGAGAGAAAAUGCGUUUUGAUGGCAUUUAAAGAGAUCUCAAAACACUCAUUUAGCACACAGAUGAUAAAAUAAACGAUAUAGAAAUGAAAACGAGAUAAAUAAAUAAUGAUCUUGCUUAAUUAAGGUAAGUAGGAACUGAGGUUUCUCCUACCUUCUAGUAGCGAUUCCCACAAGAAGACAUUAGGGUUAGUUAAUUUGAUGAAAGAGAAAAUAAUUAGCAAUUCUCAAGUGUUUAAAGCUCAAAAUAAUAGAGUAGAAACGUGCAAAGUUCUCCAAUUAAACCUUCAAGUUCUAAAUCUAAAUCAUAGAAAAGUCUUGUAAAACCUGAUAAAAUAUCUUCUAAUACUAAUUUAAAACCUAAAAAUGUCAACAAAAGCACAGAUGAUUUUUCCGAACUACAAAAGAAUCAACCUGAAGCUCAUCAAUAAAAAUACUCUGAAUCUAAGCCAAAUUUUACUUAAAAGAAAAACAAAAUAGGCAAAAAUGAUGAUUUUGAAGAUGAAUUUGUUUAAAAUUAAGAAAAAGCACUACAAAAAUAAUAAGUUUAAGAUGUUGAAAAGAAUAAAUAAGAUAUUAGUGGCAUUGAAGUUGGCGAAGAUGAUAUUGAAAAUAGCAAUAUUAAAUCCAAGCCUUAACUUACUCCAAUAAAAUAAUAGCAAAAAUAAUCACAAGAAGCACAAAUAAAUAUAAAAGAGAAAUAAAACGAGACAGAGCAUCAAUUAAAAGAGAAUCAAAUUGAAAAUGUAGAAAAAUAAGUUGUUGAAUAAUAAAUACAAUAAUAAUAGCAUGAAAGCCAAAAGGUAAUUAAAAAAUAAAAUAGUGAUUUAGAUGACUAAUAAGAUUAGAAUUAAGAUAUUUAACAUAAAAAACAAGAUGAUAAAAUACAAUAUAAUCAUCAUUCUUUAUAGUAAGUCGAAAAAUAACAUAUUUAAUAAGAAGCUUAGAAAUAAGCUGCCUAGUAAGAGGUAAAAAAAAAGCCUUUAAAAGUAGAUUCAGGCAUGCAGUUUGAUCAUGAUAGUCCAAGUAAUAAAUAGCAUAAUAAACAAGAAAAAGAUAUGAAUAGACUUAAUACUGAAGAUAUUCAAAAUCAAAUAACCGAAAUAAAGAACAGUAGCAAGGAAGAAAAAGCACAAAAUAUAAAAAGUAUUCAAGACUAAUUAAGCGAGAUACAUAAUAAUAUAAAUAAAAUAGAAUAAUAAUCUGUUAAGAAUGAUAAUAAGUCUUUGAAUAGCAUAAGCAAUUAAAAUACUGCACAAUAGAACAAAAAUUUGCAGUAAAAUGGAGUAACUAAAAAAGGAGAGGAUGAUAUUGAUUUGGAUGAAGAUCUUGAUAAAAUAGAAGAAGAAAUAAGAAGAUUAGAAGAAGAAAUGUAGAAUAAAGACAAACAAACUCAACAAAAAGAAAAUUAAGAGGAAAACAUUUAAUAAAAGUAGCCUUCUAAGGUAGAACUAGCACCUAUUAAAAAACCAGCAGUAAAAAAAGAAACUUCCUUUACACAAACUGAUUAAGCCGAAAAUAAAAAUGAAAUUUUCUAAUACAAAAACAAAGAAAGUCUCUCUAAUAUUAAAGAAAUACAUGAAACCAACCAGCAAAAAUCAAAAGUUAGUAUGAAUCAACAAGAACCAAACAAAAGGAACUCUUAAGUUUAGUUAAAUCCUAUUUCAUAGUAAAACCAAAUUGAUUAACAUCAAAACUAAAAUUCAAAAAAGAGCUUGCCUCAUCUUGAGCCCAUAAAACAACCUCUUUAAAACAAUAAAUAAUAAAAGAGUAAGAUCAAUUACGAUGAUUUAGAUUUUGACGAUUCUGCUGAUCUGCUCGAUGAUGCUCAUACAAACAAAAAUUAAAAUAACCCUAAAAGCAGCCAAAAUGACAUAAAAAACCAAUCUAACUAAAAUAUUUAAGCUAAUAAUGCUUAAGUCUAGAAUAUUAAAGCAAACAAUAAUAACCAAAAUCAUAAUAAUUUUAAAAAUGAUGACUCAUUUGAUUUGGACCUAUUAUAAGACUCAAAUGUUAAAAAAAACGAGCAAAAAACUAGUUAAAAAUAAAUUUAAUAUUAGUAAUAAUCACAGAGCAAUAUUCAAUAAUAGCAAAAUAGUAAAAAUAACAAUAACAAUAACAAAGAUUUAGAUUUAGAAUUUUUCGACUGA